AACCACGAUUCCCGUCGGACUUUUUCCGUUGCGAUUGCGGUCCUCGCACGUACUCGCGUUUCUGCUGCCCUGCUCCUGCGUCUGAACAAGGUGGGCAUUUAAGCAGCAGCAGUCGGUCUGCAGAGCAUUCAAGGCGCACCAGAGCUUCGGCAGGUAGUCUACUGCUACGAUCAACCCGCCCCACCUUUGGCUUUUCCUCGCAUUGACGCUUCCACCCACCCCCGCCUUCGGUUUUACUUCUCAUCGCUCCUCUGUUGAGAUCUCGGGAGAGGAACAUGGAGCCGGAGGGCGAGGGUCGCCUGCCAAGCCGUGGUGACGGUACCGGAAGCGGUGAUACCGAAGAGAAGAAGGUGGCUCUGAUGAGGAUCUUCGUCGAGGGAAAAGAUCCAGCUGCCAAGGAGGUAGACAACUUUAUGCUCAGAAGGUUCUUGCGUGCACGUGACCUGGACAUUGAGAAGGCUUCUUUUUUAUUUCUAAAAUAUCUUAAGUGGAGGAGAACAGCAGUUCCUAAUGGAUUCAUUUCAGAGGCAGAGAUCAGGAAUGACCUUUCUCUGAAGAAGGUGUUCAUGCAGGGAUUUGAUAAGACUGGCCAGCCUAUAGUAGUUGCUUUUGGUGCUAAACACUACCACUCUAAGCGAAACAUGAAUGAGUUUAGUAGUUUUGUCAUAUAUGUUCUUGACAGAAUAUGUGCCAGAAUGCCUACAGGUCAGGAGAAGUUCACUUGCAUUGGUGAUCUUAAAGGUUGGGGAUUAUCAAACUGUGACAUUAGGGCAUGCAUCGCAGCUCUAGACAUUAUGCAGAACUAUUAUCCAGAGAGACUGGGCAGAGUCUUUCUAGUCCAUGUACCUUAUCUUUUCAUGAAGGCUUGGAAGAUCAUAUACCCAUUUAUUGACAAAAACACCAGGAAGAAGUUUGUUUUCGUUGAGGAUAAGAACCUAAGAGCCACAUUGCUGGAGGACAUUGAUGAUAACCAGCUCCCAGAAAUCUACGGUGGAAAGCUGCCGUUGGUCCCCAUCCAAGACCCUGAUCCAUUGGAUCCCACUCAUGUUGCUCUUAGGGAUGAUAAUUAAGUAGCUUAGAGGAGAUACUAAGUUGGAAUCAUCACUUUGUCCGUGCAUAAUAAUCAGGUAUUCCUGGAGACGUUGUGCUAUCCAGUUUGCCACCUUCAGAAAAUGUCGUGCAUCAGCUGUGCUGAAUGGUCAGGAGAAGUGAUGCCUUGUUGCAUCAACCGUUUACUGAAUCAAUCAGGGAAAGCAAUGCCUUCAGUACAUUCAGAUUAACCUGAACCUUUUAGGUUGUUUCGCUUUGAGGAGUCGUAUGAAUUUAUUUUGUUUAGUGGUGAUCGUAUAUAUACCAAUAAUAAACAGGAACACGAAUGCAUUGCAACCGUUACUAAUUGUUAAUGUUUUUUAAAUCAUUGUAUUGUGAUAUGAUCAACCCAAAUUAUCUCUCAACUUCA